AUGGCCACGCAAAGCCAUGAACCACAAGAUGCCAAGGCCGAGUUGAAAAAGGUCAUUGACGGAAACGUUUACAAAGAGAGGUUCAAGGCCAAGUUUGAUCUCUCCAAUUUCAAGCCCAAUGCCGUCCUGCGAGGCAUGCAGCUCACCCUGGUAGGGGCACAUCGAGCUCUACAGAACCCCGCGCUGUUCACAUCGGAUCACUAUCGCCAAGCUGCCAUAGCAGUUGCGGUCGGUAUCGCAAUCAGACUCCUUGUCUCCCUACCUGUCCUUGGCGUUCGGCUCGUGUUAUGGACAAUAUCACUGUUCUAUCCCCUUGACCGUGUACAAUGGGACGACUCCGUGAUUAACGGUCUUCACUUCAUCGAGGAGUACGUCCUGCAGGUACCAUUUUUUCUGAUGACUUUGAUGCGCUAUGUAGACCCAACCUUGGACAAUCUGUUUAUGCGCUCGCUGGAAUGGGUAGACAUCACAUACGUGCAGAAGCACAAGUCUGAGAACCCCGAUACUCUCAGAGAUAUGUAUUAUCCCAACCUUAAGUCCUACGAAGCUGCCAAGAAGCAGCGUGAACCCUCUGGAGGUGCGAAGAAGCCGCUCAUGACAUUUCUCAUACGCUUUAUUCGCAAGGGCAGUAUAUCCUUGGCGGUUUUCAGUCUGUCCUACGUGCCGUACAUUGGUAGAUUUGUUCUGCCUGCGGCCAGUUUCUACACCUUCAACAAGGCUGUCGGUGCCGGUCCUGCGACGGUUAUAUUUGGCACCGGCGUUUUCCUGCCUCGCAGAUAUCUGGUUGUCUUCCUGCAGACAUACUUCUCCUCGCGAAGUCUCAUGCGGGAGCUUCUCGAGCCGUACUUCGCCCGUGUACAUUUUGACAAGGCACAAAAGAAGCGCUGGUUCAGGAGUCGGGAGGGUGUCCUCUUCGGGUUUGGUCUCGGCUUCUACUGGCUCAUAAAGGUGCCUCUCGUGGGAGUCCUCAUCUACGGGAUUGCCGAAGCGUCGACGGCGUACCUUAUCACCAAGAUUACCGAGCCGCCGCCACCCGUGAAUGAAGAACAAACGUUUGUUGAAGCUGAGCAAGAGUGGAAGAACAAGCACGAGUUCUUGGACCUAUCGCUCACAAACCUUGACCUCGUGCGGACGGAGAAGACGGCAAGCGAAUGA